AGCAACGAGCUCUCUAUAAAUACCGCCGGGCUCCUUUUACCGGCUUGCACACCCGUUUCAGUCUCGACGGAAGCCACACUGCCAGCGUUUCUUUUUUUACCCCAGCAUUCUGGUCUAAUGGACACACUCUUUGUAAAUGCUUUUUAAGAAUCAUCAGUCUAGGAAGACACACACUGCCUACUCAGCAGGCCCGGGCCUUGAGUCAUAUUUGAAGGGAUUUAACUUCACUGGUGAGCCGCCUUGGCUUCUCUGCACCUGAGUAAACCGCAACACUAAAUUCCAUCUCUUUCCUAUCCAAUUUACUGGUGACUAAUCAAGAGGACUUCUUGUGACCAUGAACACUGCCACUCCCACCGAGUUUGACUUCUCUUUCUUGGAAGAGGGCUUCUCCGCCCGGGAUAUUGUUGAGCAGAAGAUCAACGAGUCAUCCAUGACGGAUGACAGGGACGCAUUCUAUGUCUGUGACCUGGGAGAUGUGCUAAAGAAACACCUGCGCUGGGUGAGGGCCCUGCCUCGCGUCACUCCUUUCUAUGCUGUCAAAUGCAACGACAGCCGGGCCGUGGUCAUGACGCUGGCAUCCCUGGGAGCCGGCUUUGACUGUGCCAGCAAGACGGAGAUUCAUAUGGUUCAGUCUCUGGGAGUGGAUCCAAACAGAAUCAUCUAUGCCAACCCCUGCAAGCAACUUUCUCAGAUCAAGUAUGCGUCUGCCCAUGGGGUCCGGAUGAUGACAUUUGAUAGCGAGGUGGAACUCAUGAAAGUGGCCCGCUGUCAUGAAAAUGCCAAACUGGUGCUGCGUAUUGCCACAGAUGACUCAAAGGCAGUGUGUCGCCUCAGUGUGAAGUUUGGGGCCCAACUCAAAGCUUGCCGUGGUCUUCUGGAGCGUGCUAAGGAGCUGGGGCUGGCUGUGAUCGGCGUCAGCUUCCACGUCGGCAGUGGCUGCACCGAUCCACAGACCUACAGCCAGGCUAUCGCCGAUGCCCGCUGUGUCUUCGAUAUUGGGGAUGAGCUGGGCUUCAACAUGGACUUGUUGGACAUUGGAGGAGGCUUUCCUGGUUCUGACGAAACUGAACUAAAAUUCGAAGAGAUCACAGCAGUAAUCAGCCCGGCCAUGGACAAGUACUUCCCCGCUGACACUGGUGUUAAGGUGAUCGCUGAGCCCGGUCGCUUUUAUGUGGCCUCGGCCUACACACUGGUUGUCAACAUCAUUGCCAAGAAGGUCAUUGUGGACGAUGAAUCGGCCUCUGACGAGGAAGACGAAGGGACCAAUGAAAAGACCCUGAUGUACUAUGUCAACGAUGGAGUGUAUGGGUCCUUCAACUGUAUACUCUAUGACCACGCUCACUGUUUGCCAACACUACAUAAGAAGCCAAAGCCGGAUGAGGUCAUGUACCCUUGCAGUAUCUGGGGCCCCACAUGCGACGGCCUCGACCGCAUCGUUGAGCAGUGUUACCUGCCUGACCUGCAGGUGGGCGACUGGCUGGUCUUUGACAACAUGGGUGCUUACACUGUGGCUGCCGCCUCCACCUUCAACGGCUUCCAGAGACCUGACAUGCACUACGUCAUGUCCCGCACUGCCUGGCAAACUGUGCAGAAGAUCUGUUCCCAGGGUAUUGCGGCUCCUGCAGAGGAGGGUUCCCUGUUUGAAGUGCCAGCCUGCUGCGGUCGGGAGAGCAGCUUGGAGCUGCCCACUAAGCCCUGCCAGGCCAAUGUGGUUUAAACACCUACUUUACAUCACAGCAGUGUUCUCCAGAUCUUGCACCCUUUUGUUAAUUGUUGAAAGGGUUCUUUCUUUUUCUUUUUUCUUUUCACCCCAAAUGUACAUUUCAAGGCCAGUUACUCGACAGGAGAAUGAGAGUUUAACGCUGCUGCACAACUUUCUGUGUUCUGUAUGGAAGUGGGGAUUGACUCAAUGACACUCUGAGCGUCUCUGAGUUCCAGACAGUGUUACGGUGCAACUCUGUACUCCAAUUUGAGAGAAACAGUCACAAUUGGACGACAGUAGUUAAUGAAGAAACUAUUUUUCCAAACUGUUUUUUGCAAAAUAAACUACUUCACUGGAUGUUUCCCGUCACCAUGGAGCUUCCAACACUUGAAACUAACAAAAGUGAAGAGGUGAAGGGUCACUCAUGCUGUUAUUUUAAUACCAUUAAAAAAAAAAAAUAAUUUACUAUUAAAAUAAAGCCUAGUUAACAUCUGGAGUCACAUCCCGAGCUAGUAACUCGCAAAGAGGUAGUUGGAGGGGCGAUUUAUAUCCUCAUGGCUGCUAUGUUUAUUUAUCUUUUCCAUGGUCUCCACUUCUGUACAGAACCUUUCAGGCGUUAAUCCUCAAGACUAGAAAUAUAUUUCAAGAAACACACUUUUUUAAAAAAGUUCCAUUUGUAUAGUGUCUGUGCUGAUAUAGAGGCACAAUUUAAAUUAAUCAGACAGUGCUAAAGAUAAACACUAAAUGUCAGCUUUCUGGUCACCACAAUACAGGUUCCACCAAAAAACCUUAAGGAUUAAUGCUUAAAACGCAGGGACUCAAGAAGCAGACUGUACCUCUCCUCUUCUCCACCUUAAUAUUAUUUUAUUUGUUUUCUAACAUGUAGAAGGCAAGAAGUCUGCUCAUGCUAUGAUUUAAGAAGCGGUGUGAAAACCAUACAUUUAAAACGGAUAUGAAAGACGGGAUUGCAAAUUUCAUAUCGCUUUCCUAUGGAAACUUUUUUUGUAUUUUUUUAAUAAAUAAAGCAUCGGGUGCAGAGUCGAA